AUACCUAACCCCUUUCUUUAGACGACGGCUAGCUGCGGCGGCUCUUUUCCAUCGUGUUUUGACGUUUCUCCAAAGAAGAUUAGAUCAAAACAAAAGAUUGCGAUAACUUUCGUCUCGCAACGCAGUUCCAGUUCAGGAAGCGCCUCUUCGUAACACUUUCUGUUUCUGUUGCUGCGUCCAUAAAUCCCAGUGAUAAUCAGUCCACAGUUGCACAAUGUUGUCCUUCUUCCGUAGGAAAACCUCCGAAGAUCUCAGUGCAUCAACGCCCAGCAGUUCCAGUGCUUCAACGCCCAAAAAAGAAGUCUUCCCAUCGCCAACCUUAUCACAGCUCGGCUACCGAAGUGCGGAUGAUCUGAGAGAAACGAUCUACGAUUUCCUGCGUACCAUCCGGGACCCGGAGAAGCCCAAUACGUUGGAAGACUUAAAGGUGGUCUACGAGGAGGGCAUCUUCGUCCAGGAACCAACCGAGGGCAACGUCUAUGUAGUGCGGAUCGAGUUCAACCCGACGGUUCCGCACUGCUCACUGGCCACGCUGAUUGGUCUCUGCAUCCGGAUCAAGGUCCAACGGAACAUCAAUCACAACCUGAAGCUAGACAUCUACAUCAAGAAGGGCGCCCACUCGACGGAGGAUGAAAUUAACAAGCAGAUCAACGAUAAAGAACGGAUAGCGGCCGCCAUGGAGAAUCCAAACCUGCGACAGCUGGUGGAAAGCUGCAUCAAAGAAGAAGACUGAAUCGGAACGGAGUGUAGGGGAAGGUGGUUCCAAACGCAAAUCGAAUUUGGAUGGCAGUUUAUUUCUUUUCUUUAUUCCUCGGAAAUGGUGCAUGGUCAAGUUAAAAGUUUUUUUUUAUGAGAUACAGAUACUUUAUUGAAUAAAAUUUAGA